CUACCUGCCCAUAUAAGUGGAAAGCAUGAAGCCCCGAACCAAAUUUCUGCUUCUGUCUUCUGGAUCUUCUUCCUUCACUUCUCACUCAGAGAGAGAGAAAAGCAGAGGCAGAGACAGAGAGAGAGAGAGAGAGAGAGGACAUGGCUGGGCCUCUCCUCUCUGCCUGCUUGUUUGUACUGGUGGAGCAUUUGUGCCUGCUACAUCAUAUCCAUGCGGGGGCAUUUUAUGGACACAAACCAUUGCCUCAAAAGCGCCAGCCUCUGCCACAGUUACCUCUUCUACCACAUGGCAAUGAAGGAAUAACACAACACCAUUACCAUGGAAAGGAAAUCCCUCAACUUCCCUUUGGAAAUGAGAUGCCUUUGCUUCCACAGUAUGGGAAGGAACGUCCACAGUUUCCCAUGCAUAUGGGCAUACCGAUUGCAAGAAAAGGUGAAACAGUUCCAAGAGGACAGAAAGGUCCUCCUGGAGAGCCCGGUCCGAUAGGGCUUCAAGGGCCUCGGGGCCCUCCGGGACUUCCUGGUCAUGGUAUCCCAGGGCCUACAGGUAAACCUGGUCCUCAGGGCCCACCAGGCCUUCCUGGAAUUGGAAAGCCAGGUAUGGCAGGUUUGCCCGGAAAACCAGGAGGUAUAGGUUUACCAGGGCCAAAGGGUGAGUUAGGACCAAUUGGUGGUGAAGGACCAAUAGGACUACCAGGACCUCCAGGUCUUCCGGGGCCACAUGGCUUGCCAGGUGUGGCGAAACCAGGGGGACAAGGACUCCCUGGACAACCUGGCCCUCGGGGUGAACCUGGACAAAAGGGCUUCCCUGGCAUCCCUGGCCUCCAAGGGCCAAAAGGUGAGAAUGGUUUUGGUCUCCCAGGAUUGCCAGGCGUAAAGGGACUUCCAGGAUUGCCUGGACCACCAGGACAAGUUGGACUACCAGGAAUUGGCAAACCAGGACUGAAUGGACUACCUGGGGUUCCUGGGGGGCAAGGUAAACCUGGUGCACCUGGAGAACCAGGGCUAGCUGGAGUACCUGGGGAGAGAGGACAAAUUGGACCACCGGGAUUGCCAGGCUUUGGCAAACCAGGUUUAGAUGGCUUACCAGGGAAACCAGGUCUACCAGGUGGAAGGGGCGAGCCAGGUCAAACGGGUUUAACUGGGGGUCCAGGCUUGCCUGGAUUUGGCAAGCCUGGUUAUCCUGGCCCUAAAGGUGAAAAAGGGCAUGGUGGAUUGCCUGGGCCAAUAGGCCCAAAAGGUGAAAAAGGUCAUGGUGGUCUACCUGGAAUGAUUGGACUGCAAGGGCCAAGUGGCCUCCCAGGUCCUCCAGGUCUUAUGGGACCCCCUGGAGGCAUUGGAUUUCCUGGUCCAAAAGGAGAAGGUGGUGCAGUGGGACCAAAAGGACUAUUGGGUCCAAAAGGUGAACCAGGACCUCAAGGUCUUCCUGGCAAGCCAGGAUUCCCAGGAGAAUUGGGGCAACCAGGACCUAGAGGUUUAACUGGUCCCUUAGGACCAAAAGGUGAAAGUGGACACAAAGGCUUACCCGGGCUGCCUGGAGUGCCUGGAAAGCCUGGUACAAAAGGAGAACUUGGAUUUCCAGGUGAGAAAGGUCAUCCAGGGCCUAUGGGAAUACCAGGAUUAAUAGGUCCAGCAGGACCAAUAGGCCCUCCUGGUCUACCUGGUCCAAAAGGAGAAUAUGGACCACCAGGAAAACCUGGAAUCCCAGGUGAAGGAAAACCAGGAUUUCCAGGCCCAACAGGUCCUGCUGGUAUACCUGGACCGAGUGGGCCCCAUGGUCCGCCUGGAAUACCUGGUCCUCCUGGCCCACCUGGGCUACCUGGACCUCGUGCUCAAGCUUCAUUUUUUGGGCAAAUACUUCCUGAGACAGGUCCUGGGCUUGAUGGGGAAAAAGGUGGUUAUAAGAAAGAAAAGCCUGGAGGAGCUAUUAUUGGUAGGCAUGGCCUAGAAAUGCCUGCAUUUACAGCUCAGCUGACAACCCCAUUUCCCCAAGUUGGACAACCUGUUGUCUUCAACAAAAUUUUGCAUAAUGGAAACCAAAAUUACAACUUGCAAACUGGCAUCUUCACAUGCAAAAUACCUGGAAUUUACUACUUUGUCUACCAUGUUAAUUGCAAAGGAAACAAUGUAUGGGUGGGUUUAUACAGAAACAAUGAGCCAGUUAUGUAUACAUAUGAUGAAUACAAGAAAAGUUACCUGGAUCAGGCAUCAGGGAGUGCUGUACUGCCCUUAAACUUUGGAGACACUGUUCACGUUCAGUUACCAUCAGAGCAAGCAGCAGGACUUUAUGCUGGUCCUUACGUCCACUCAUCAUUCUCUGGGUAUUUGUUAUAUCCUAUGUGAAUAUGUGAAAAAAUGCAUAAACAAUCACAUGUUUUUACAUGUUUCUAGUACCACAAAGGCAAUGGUUCUUAGUAGAAAAUAAGACAAUGCUAAAUAUAUGAUUACACGUACACAUAAUUUGAAAACCAUUUCACAGUAACUUUAGGUAUUUGUUCAACCAUAUGGUAAGCACUUUGUUAUCACAUUAUUUAUUUGCAUAUGACAGUAUAAUGAUUGUAAUUGACAUUGACUGCACAUCAGUGUAAUAUGAUGUGAUAUUGCCAUAAUAAGGAAUGUUCACAUUGUUGGAUAUGCACUAUUUUUCUGCUGUCUUAGUUUUUCUUUUAACCAUCUCAAUAAAUUUCAGGAAAGUAUGUGAGCACAUGCAAACAGGUUAUCUCAUUAACUAACAGCAUAAGUAAAAUACAUAUCUAAAAACUUCCUGAAACUUUCAUUUACAAAAGCUUAUUUAAAACCCAAUUUAUCAAAAUAUAACUCAGUUGUAUUGUUUGUCAGUGAGUUCAUUUUCAGUUUUAAAUGUGUAUAUGGCCACAUAAACACUCAAACAGUCCUAGGUAAAUGUCUGUAAUUUAUUUUAAUUUUUACUACUGAAUGAAUAAAUUUGUAUAUGCGCACAGAGACAGUGGAGCACACAACAGAGGGAGUUUAUUCUUUGUUCAUUUCUAUGUUAUUGUGGUGCUAAACUGUCAAACAAAUAUUAAUUAAAAUUUUAUGUCAGUUUUUUUUUUUAAUAAAAUGUAUUUACUGAA